ACAAAUGCACAACCGUUUAUUACAUGUAACCCCACUUUUUCUACCUGCCUCCUUUAUCCUCCUCUGGAUCUUUGUCUGUAUUUCCUGUAUUUUCUGGGAUGUUUGUGUCUUUGUGGCAGGAACAGAUCUCAACUUGCCACAGUUGUGACCUUGACAGUUUGUUUUCACCCUCUGCCAGCGUUUACUGGCUUGUUAAUGUGUACCCCCCCCCCCCCCCCCACACACACACACACACACACACAUCAGGUCUGUAAAACCAUUCAGUCAGGAUCCAGUCGUAGUGUGUGUGUGUGUGUGUGUGUGUGUGUCGGCGAUGAGGGCCACUGCCGCUCUGCUCUCGCUGUGUCUCUGGGUGAACGCCGUCGUCCUCGCUGCUCAGACAGGUUCGAAAUGUGGAGUUCCUCAGGUGUGGAGCCCGAUGCCCCGCUCGCUCCGGGUGGUCGGAGGCUCCGAGGCCGCGUAUGGAUCUCACCCGUGGCUGGUUUCCCUGCGGCUCAAAGGCUCUCACUUCUGUGGCGGGGCCGUCCUGACCGACCGCUGGGUACUGACGGCUGCACACUGCUUCGCGUCGGCCUCAAGGGAGUUCCUCAGCGGCGUGACCGUGGCGGCGGGAGAGUUUGACCAGCGAGUGGCGGACGAAGAGGAGCAAGUGUUUGGCGUGAAGAGCGUCUCCGUGCACGAGAAGUACCACCACGCCUCGCCCAUGAGCCACGACGUCGCUCUGGUGGAGUUGGACCGACGCGUCCGACUGGGCGUCCACGUGCAGCCGAUCUGUUUACCUUUGCCUGAUGAGAAGAUCCUUCCUCGCACCAGUUGCAUUGUGGGUGGAUGGGGCAGGAUAAAGGAAAGGGGUCGUCUCCCUGCGGUGCUGAGACAGGUCCAGUUGGACUUGGUGGACCCAGCUAAGUGUAAACACGUCCUCCACACCGUCAAAGGUUCCGGUCCGAAGCACGGAGCGGUCCGACCUGAGGCGGCCAUGACGGUCCUGUGUGCCGGGCCCGAGAGAGGAGGGAGGGACGCCUGUCAGGGCGACUCGGGGGGUCCUCUGGUAUGUCCGGCAGGGUCGGGCGGGGGUCGCCGGGUGGCGCUGGGCGUGACUUCCUGGGGCAAGGGCUGUGGUCGGAGCUGGGGAAACAACAGCGUCCGGCCCCCGGGCAGGAGAGGGUCCCCGGGGGUUUUCACCGACCUCAGGCUGCUGCUGCCCUGGAUCAAGAGCAAACUGCGAGCGGCUGAUGAGCAGCGGCGGGGAAAAGCUUCGCUGGGACUCUGCAGCGUCACAGACGGAUCUCUGAUCGACAGCGAGGGAGUGAUCAGAAACCCCGCCCUCCCUGGUGAUCACUAUGACAACAACGAGUUGUGUGUGUGGCGGUUCCGUGUUCCUCCAGGUUCUAGUCUCCUGUUGGAGUUUGAGCACUUUGAUCUGGAGAACGACUCCGACUGUCGCUACGACCGACUCACGGUGUCGGUGGACGCCCACGGGCCCGUUGGGACAUUCUGUGGAAGUGUCCUUCGCGGCCCGGUUCUUCUGAGUCACUCCCCGAACGCCACGCUGCUCUUCUCCUCUGACGUCAGCACAACAGGAAGUGGCUUCGUCAUCAGGCAUCGUGCUGCGCAGGGACGUCCUGAUCCUGGAUGCGGGACAAUCGUCCUCGUUGAGGACCAGACUGUCGUCCACAGCCCGAAUUACCCACAAUCCUACAGUAACGACUGCGUCCUCCGCUGGGUCAUCUACGCCCCGCGGGGUCACGUUGUCAAGCUCGAUGUGAGCGAUUUGGAUCUGGAGGAGUCGGACAGAUGUUUGUAUGAUUCCCUCACCGUCCUGGGAGACGUGGAGCAAACCGAGGAGAUCGCGGUGCUGUGUGGUCGCGGCGCUCCCCCUCCUCCGGUUCUGUCCUACCACAACGUCAUGGUGCUUCAGUUCACGUCGGACGGCAGCGUCACCCGUCGAGGCUUCAGGGCCACGCUGACGUUCAUCAGCCACGCAGACCUCCAGCACGUUGGCGACGACAGACCGGGUGACGGAGACGUUCGGAGGAAUCACCCAGAUCGUCUGACGGGUGACCAGCAACGCGUCACAUUACAUGUGAACCUGGACGCAGCUGACCCGGAUGUGCAGCGGGCCGACAUCAGCAGCAGAGGAGUCGUGUCCCACCGGGGGGACCAUGUGGACCAUGUGGACCAGGUGGACCAGGUGGACCAGGUGGACCAGGUGGACCAGGUGGACCGUGUGGAUCCUGUGGAUCCUGUGGACCGUGUGGACCAUGUGGACCAUGUGGACCAGGUGGACCAGGUGGACCGUGUGGAUCCUGUGGAUCCUGUGGACCGUGUGGACCAUGUGGAUCAUGUGGAUCAUAAGACUCCAGAGGAACCCAGACUACAUGAGGACAUUGGUCCAGAUGAUGAGGACUCUAGUGUGGAAUCCUCAGGGACGGAGUAG